UCUUGUUGCUUAGAUACAACAUUAGACCUCACCCAAAAUUUCACACCCACACACACACAAUUUUAAAAGUUCUUUUAUCAAAAAUUGUAUACAGUUAUUUUACACUUUGAACAAAUAGAUAAUAAAUCAAAACAGAUCAUGAGUGUUGUGGCUAGUGUUAACUCAUCCAAAAACCUUUUGGACGCCGGAUCCUCAGUGCGUUCCACCGAUUCAGACAUAAAUAUGUGCAAACAUUGCAAAAGUAGGCAUGCGAUUAUUAAAAAAUUAAAGAAAUUAUUUGCCGAGCUUGAAUUGAAUAGCAUGUUAGAAUCAGACGAUGAACCCUUAGACGAAGAGGAGGUAAUACCAUUGAUCACAUAUCCAAUCACCCCACAAUUUGAUGAUUCGUACCGAAGAAAAAAAGAAAAACAUGCACAAAGAUAUCCCCCUUGGAAACUGCCACGAUUUCCCAGCCAAGAAUUGAUUGGUGGCAAACUGUGUAAUACGUGCGAGUGCAGAAAGAGGAAUGGGUUGCAAGACUAUUGCCAAAGAACGAUGUGCAGAGGAAGUUUGCAGUGCUUGCAAAAACCAGACCCAUUAUGUAUUCCCAGUGGAAUGUGGAAAAAAUGUGUUCAACCACAAGAGGCAAAACAAAUACUUCGUUGGCUGAAUAAAAUAGAAGAAAUAGGUGUCGAUGAGGGAGACCAAGGUGUAGCAUACCAUCAGCAGGUACCAUGUUGUAAAUGUGGCCAUACAGUGUGCAAAUGCCGGAAUAAGAAGACCAAGACAACAAAUAAUAAACAAUGUAUUAAAAAGGAAAAAAAAAUUGCCAAACCUGCCAGUGUUGAUGCCAAAAAACGCUGUAGCAAAGACAUUAAAUGGGACGUUGCUGAGAAACAGUGCAAUGAUUAUGUACCACCGAAGGAAAGUCCAAAUUCAGUAAAGCGCACUGUAGGUCAAAAAAAGGAGCAACCAAUCAAUUCACACAGAGGGAAACGUUAGUAACUCAAUCAGAUUAAAAGAAAAUCCCCUGAACUGAGCAAAGACAAAAUCCAUAAUGUGAAUGUGAACAUAUAGACAAGAAAAAAAAUUCACUGUAAAUAAAGUUGAAGUUUCAAGUUGA